UCGGGGGCGCGCCGGGAACUCCCGGAGAGUGGUGGCUCUCUGACCCGGCGGCUGCGAAUAAAUGGCCGGGAGGUCCGGGUGGCGCGAUGCUGGGCUCUCCCGCGGACUCGGACCGGCCUCGGCCGUCGCUCGGAUCCUGUUUUCUUCGUCCCUUUGGCCUUGUCCCCCGCGGCUGACCGCGGACAGGGAGACAGCUCUUGGUCUCUGCCACCUUCCGCUCCCCUCUGCGGCUGCCCAGGCCUCAGACGAGGGUCAGUUUUCUCUCAGGUGCAGUGGCAUCACCGUUUGUCCACCUGUUUUCCACUGGUGACAUUUCACUCUGUCUUCUGUGUUUUGGACAUUUUCCCAUAAUGGAGUUCCCUGAUUUGGGGAAGCAUUGUUCAGAAAAAAAUUGCAAGCAGCUAGAUUUUCUUCCGUUAGAAUGUGAUGCAUGUAAACAAGAUUUCUGUAAAGAUCAUUUUACCUAUGCUGCACAUAAAUGUCCCUUUGCAUUCAAGAAGGAUGUUCAGGUCCCAGUGUGCCCACUUUGUAACAGCCCCAUCCCAGUAAAAAAGGGAGAGAUCCCAGAUGUGGUGGUCGGUGAGCACAUGGAUGGAGAUUGUAAACAUCACCCUGGGAAGAAGAAAGAGAAGAUUUUCAAGUACCGCUGCUCAAAAGAGGGCUGCAGGCGGAAAGAGAUGCUGCGGGUGGUUUGUACUGAGUGUCGUGGCAGCUUCUGCAUCCAGCACAGACACCCUCGGGACCACGGCUGCGCCCGCGGAGGCCCCCCUGCCAGCACGGCCGGGUGCUCGGCAGCAGGGGCCUCGGAUCCCGGGCCGUCGGCGGCUUCACGCGAGAGGCCGGGCGGCUGGCUGGCUCGGCGCUUCAGGUGGAGAGUAAAGCGAUGAUGUGACUGUAUCUGUUCAAGCUGGCCUCUCUCCGUACGUGAUUUGCACUUUGUGGACACUUUUAUGCCCUAGCACUUCCAUACUUCCCACCGUGAGCAGCUCUGCCCUGAGCUGAGCCGGUCAGGGGCUUCUGUCACUUUCCCUCUGUCACUUGAACCACCGACAGUGGAUCUCACUGUGUCUUCCUCACGUGGCUUGUGUGGUGAUCAGCCAUCUGAGCCCGGGCCCGGGGGUGGGACUACACCUACCCUGUUAGGGGUCCUUGUCCAGAGGUGGCCCCCAGCCCACCGCUCCUGUUCCCCUGAGAGAACAGCCUGUGACCCUCGGACUGCAAGCACUGGGGUGACACUGAGGGCCUUGGGGCCUGUCAGGAGAGCUGUCAUCUCCUGGGACCUCAGGGGACCGGAUGAGGAGAAAUACCAUCCCGGGCAUAACCCCAGGGGCAUCCAGCCGUGCGUUCCAGACAUCCCACUGCUUGCGGAUUAACACAAAUCCAAGCAGUUACUCUUCCUUUUUUGGUUUCAUAGCCUCAAAAUAUAACGGUUGUGACCAGCUAGA